AAAAAUCAGAACAAGUCCAAGGAAACACCGGGCAGCGGGUACGUCUCAAAACCAGCGCCAUCCCCUCCCCCACCGGUCGCAACGGUCGCAUCGACGCAAUACUGACUCCAUGGCCUACAUUGUUUCUCUUAGAAGUGACGAGCGCAGCGAUAAACCUCCGAGUCACCGGGAACUGUCCGAGGCCCCCCCGGGUGCCAAGGAUGCUUUUGGUUAUCCCAACAAUCAAAUGGCCGUCGACGGGAUGCCCUCUACCACCCCCCUCCCCGAAGCGCAGGCCGCCCCGGAGGAUCCCAAGAACUCCACCUACGCCCAGUUCAUGAAGCCCAAAUUUGCCCGUGCCCCGAUCAAGGAGGCCGGACGCGUGGCGUAUCUCGGCGAGUCGUCCAAUCUGUCCCUGCUGGUGCAGGACCGUCAUGGCACGACCGAUGUCGUCCACUAUCCGCUACCGCCCAACAUUCGGGGGUCCCGCGCUCGAUUGACCGACCUGGAUAACUUGGAGUUGGACAUCCUCCACCAACGGGGCGCCUUCUUGCUCCCGCCCAAGCCCCUGUGCGAUGAACUCGUGGAUGCCUACUUCAAGUGGGUGGCCCCCGUCGUGCCCAUCAUCAACCGCAGCCGCUUUAUGCGCCACUACCGGGACCCCAGGAACCCGCCGUCCCUGCUGCUGCUCCAAGCCAUUCUCCUGGCCGGAUCCAGGGUCUGCACCAACCCCCAGCUCAUGGAUGCCAACGGCUCGACGACCCCCGCGGCCAUGACCUUUUACAAGCGGGCCAAGGCGUUGUAUGAUGCCAACUACGAAGAUGACCGUGUCACGAUCGUGCAAGCAUUGGUUCUCCUGGGCUGGUACUGGGAAGGGCCCGAAGAUGUGACCAAGAACGUGUUCUACUGGACUCGGGUGGCCAUGGUAGUGGCUCAAGGGUCGGGCAUGCAUCGAAGCGUCGAAUCCUCCCAACUCAUCAAGCCCGACAAGAGGCUGUGGAAGCGAAUCUGGUGGACCCUCUUUACGCGCGACCGAUCCGUGGCGGUCGCCUUAGGACGACCGAUCGGCAUCAAUAUGGAUGACUCGGAUGUGGGCAUGUUGACCGAAGACGACUUCAUCGAAGAUGAAAUCGAUAUCGCGGCCGAGUACCCCCCGGAACCCGUCCACGUCCAGUUCUUCCUCCAGUACGUCAAACUCUGCGAGAUCAUGGGCCUCGUCCUCUCGCAGCAAUACUCCGUGGCGUCCAAGUCCCGACGCAUGAAUGCGAUGGACUUGACCCAUUCGGAUAUGGCCCUGGCAGACUGGCUUCAGAACUGCCCCAAGGAGGUGUGCUGGCAACGCCAGCGGCAUCAUUUCUGGGCCGGUCUGCUCCAUGCCAAUUACUAUACCACUCUUUGUUUGCUACAUCGAGCGCACAUGCCACCGGCGUCGUCGGUUCCGAGCAGCUACCGCGUCGAGGAGAUGGCAUACCCGUCGCGUACCAUUGCCUUCCAAGCGGCGGGGAUGAUCACAUCGAUUGUCGAGAACCUCCAGACGCACAAAGAAAUCCGAUAUACACCUGCGUUCAUUGUAUAUAGUCUGUUCUCCGCCCUGAUCAUGCAUGUCUACCAAAUGCGAUCCUCCGUUCCCUCCGUCGUGGCCACCUGUCAGGAGCGAAUCAACAUCUGCAUGCAGGCGCUCAAGGAUGUGUCCAAGGUAUGGCUGGUAGCCAAGAUGGUCCACACCCUGUUUGAGUCGAUCCUGGGCAACAAGGUGUUGGAAGAGCGACUCCAGAAGGCCGCGGGCCGGCGGCAUCAGCGCGUGCGGCCGGAUAUGGCCCAUCAGCAGUUGGCGCGCAAGCCGGAGCCGCCGAAGCGGAAGUUCGACGAGAUGGACAUCGGUCUGCCGAACGGAGGUCCCACGCCUCCGGUCUCGUACGAGCGAUCCCGACCUCAGACACCCGCCGCCACCCCGUCCCGGGAGAUGGGGCAGCCGGGCCUCAGCGUGCCGCACGGGUCUCCGCUGGGUCCCCGCGAAGGCAACUCGCGGUCCAACACUCGGCCCACGACGCCGUUCAACAACCAAUUCUCGCUUCCCGCCACCCCACCCGACCUGUUCCUCGUGACGCGGACGUCGCCGAAUCUCUCUCCCUCGCUGUGGGAGAACUUCCAGCCCGACCAGCUGUUCCCGGAUGGGACGGCCAUCUUCCCGGAGCUCACCUCCCCCCCGAGCGCCACCGUCGACCCCCAGCUGCACAUGCACCCACACCUCCAGAAUCCUGCGAUGGACCAGCGGCCGAUGAUGCCGCACCAGUUGCCGACCCGCAGUCUGUCGACCUCGGGGCCGGCAGGGGGCCAGGGCAGCCCCGAACUGCUCUCGAGCAUGCCCCGGGCAUCAGUCUCCAGGGGCAGCAACCCCAGCCGAUGUUCGGGAUGGAGAACCAACAGGCCUGGCCCAUGCACGGGCUGGAUGCGCCCCUGGGCGGGACGGCGACCAUGGACCACACGAGUCCGGAUGAUAACUGGAGCAGCAGCUCGCGCAGCGGGCCCACGGCACCGACGACGUUGAACGUCGAAGAUUGGUUUCAAUUCUUCGGGAUCAACGGUAGCUUUGGUGAAAUGGCCACCUAAGCGUGGACCUGGCGUGGGCGUGCUCUUUUUUCUUUAUAGUCGGGAAGGCGAUCGAUUUCCGUU